CUCUCUCUCACUCAAAAAUAAAAAAUAUACAUUAAAAACUUAAAAAAAACCCCAGUGGACGACAGUAGUGGGAUCCAUGAGGGUCCUUUUAUAGGUAGGAUGGGGAACAGUGGGAGUCUGGACUCCCGUGUGUCUGGGCAUCUUUCUGGAGUUGGGCAGCGGAAAUACCCAAGGGGCCUGGAUUUGAGCUGAGGACAGGCAGACGAAGGGGAGGGGACAGUUAUUCUAAGCAGGAGUCCUGAGAUGGGAAGAAGUGUUGUGCGGUAGCGGGAGCACACAGGAGAGGUGGAGAGGGCGCUGGGCAAGUGGAGGGGCAGCCAGGACGGGAGGGGCCCUGCAGUCCUUGGAAAGAAUUGAUGGAUUGUGAAGUACACUUCAAAGGAUGAGUUGUGUUGGUGUGCAAAUUACAUCGCUUUCAAGUUGUUUUAAAAAAAUAGUGCAGUGUCAGAUACACUGGCCGGGUCCAGUGCAGGGUGAAUUGGAAGGAAGGCAAAAACAGAAUUUUAGUCACAGAGACCUGUUAGAAGGCAGUUGUAUUUAUUAAUCUGUGUGCAAGAUGAUGGCUUGUUCCAUUUCCGCUGGAGCAGUGGAUAAACUAUAGAGGUUUGGGAUGUGAUUGGUAGACCUCUAAGAGCGAGCAGAAUGCCUGGUGUGCGGUUGGACAUUUGACAAAUAGAAAUAUUUCUUGCUCUGGUUCAGUGAGGAAGAAUUAGUUGUACUUCACUAGCUGCAUUUGGUGAGUCAAGUGUCCUGCAGAAUCUGGCUUCAGUAAGUGAGAUGAUUAGCAUUUAGGGAAUGAAAAGUCAAGAGGGAGAGACAUGGUUUCAUGGAUAAGUGAGUUUUACAUGAUCCCAGAGAGGAUCUGUUUGAAUUUUUGUUAUUUGUAGUCAAUUUUACACGAUUUAGUUCUUAAUUGUGCAAUAGAACCCCCUCUUCCCUGCAAGAGAAAAUACAUUCUUGAGGGUAUGGAUGGUGUUUGGCUCCAUUUAGAUCUUGCAUAGCGCAAUGUACUAUUGGGGAUUCUCUACUACCGAGAGUUUACGUUUGUAGGGUGCUUUGCAGUCUGUAAGUGCAUUUCCAUAUGGUAUACCUAGUUAACUUAACUCUUGCAGCAGCUCUGUGGGGGUAGUUAGCUGUUGUCCUUGUUUUACAGCAGUGAAACCGAUUCAGAGAGGGAGAGUGAUUUGCCCAAGGCAGCACAGCACGUGGCACUGGCACUGCCAAGAACUUGGGUGUUGGCUUCUCAGUCCAGUUCUGUGCUGGGCCUAACCUUCUGGGACUGCUUAAAUAGUAUCAGGAAGUGGUUUUCUUAAAUGUGGUUUGGGCCCUGAGUGUGACUGACAUUUUAGCUUUUUAAUCUGAAUUGGUUGGUGGCUUCAUUUGGAAGAGGCAGCCGAUGUUUGUGUGGAGGGUGAAGCAGCCUGGAGUCACAAAGAGCGUUUCUGUAUCACUGGCUCCCGACAGCCUUCGACUGAUUAGCUGAAGACAGAGUGAGGCCAGGCCACCAGAGUCAGCAGUUGAGAUAAAAUGGUGACGCGCUCCUGAGAAACCGGGAGCCUGGUGAGAGGAGUGUCUGUGUUUCAUGAGUCCUGGGGUCCUGCUUUUGGAAACCGUUUUUGAAGCGUUGGGGUAGUUGGAGUGGUUGUAUUUUCCCUGGAAUUGAGUAAGAAAUUCAGAAGACUGAAGCCCAGGCUUACUGUCUACCUUUCACGGAGGCCUAGCCGUGAGAGGACAGAAGAAGGCACGUGGCGAAUCAUGACAGCUGACAAAGACAAAGACAAAGAGAAAGAGAAGGACCGGGACCGAGAUCGGGACCGAGAGAGAGAGAAACGAGACAAAGCAAGAGAGAGUGAGAAUGCACGGCCUCGCAGGAGCUGUACCUUAGAAGGAGGAGCCAAAAAUUACGCGGAGAGCGAUCACAGCGAGGACGAGGACAAUGACAACAAUAGCGCCACCACAGAAGAGUCCACGAAGAAGAACAAAAAGAAACCACCGAAAAAAAAGUCUCGCUACGAGAGGACCGAUACCGGUGAGAUAACGUCCUACAUCACUGAGGAUGACAUCGUCUACAGGCCCGGAGACUGUGUGUAUAUCGAGAGUCGGAGGCCAAACACGCCGUAUUUCAUCUGUAGCAUUCAAGACUUCAAACUGGUCCACAACUCCCAGGCCUGCUGCAGAUCUCCAACUCCUGCUCUGUGUGACCCCCCAGCAUGCUCUCUGCCGGUGGCCUCACAGCCACCACCACAUCUUUCUGAAGCCGGGAGAGGGCCUGUAGGGAGUAAGAGGGACCAUCUACUCAUGAACGUCAAAUGGUACUACCGUCAGUCUGAAGUUCCAGAUUCUGUUUACCAGCAUUUGGUUCAGGAUCGGCAUAAUGAAAAUGACUCUGGAAGAGAACUUGUCAUCACAGACCCAGUCAUCAAGAACCGAGAGCUCUUCAUUUCUGACUACGUCGACACAUACCACGCUGCUGCCCUUAGAGGGAAGUGUAACAUCUCCCAUUUUUCUGACAUAUUUGCUGCUAGAGAGUUUAAAGCUCGAGUGGAUUCAUUUUUCUACAUAUUAGGCUACAACCCCGAGACCAGGAGACUGAACAGCACCCAGGGAGAAAUCCGUGUUGGUCCUAGCCAUCAGGCCAAACUUCCCGAUUUGCAACCAUUCCCGUCUCCAGAUGGUGACACUGUGACCCAACAUGAGGAACUGGUCUGGAUGCCUGGAGUUAAUGACUGUGACCUUCUUAUGUACUUGAGGGCAGCAAGGAGCAUGGCUGCGUUCGCAGGAAUGUGUGACGGGGGCUCCACGGAGGAUGGCUGUGUCGCAGCAUCUCGGGACGACACUACCCUCAAUGCACUGAACACACUACAUGAAAGUGGUUAUGACGCUGGCAAAGCCCUGCAGCGCCUGGUAAAGAAGCCUGUGCCCAAGCUGAUCGAGAAGUGCUGGACGGAGGACGAAGUGAAACGCUUCGUUAAGGGGCUCAGGCAGUACGGCAAGAACUUCUUCAGAAUUAGAAAGGAGCUGCUUCCCAAUAAGGAAACCGGGGAGCUGAUCACCUUCUAUUACUACUGGAAGAAAACCCCCGAAGCAGCCAGCUCCCGGGCCCAUCGCAGGCACCGCAGGCAGGCCGUGUUCCGGAGGAUCAAGACCCGCACAGCCUCCACGCCGGUCAGCACGCCCUCCAGACCGCCCUCCAGCGAGUUCCUGGACCUGAGUUCGGCCAGCGAGGAUGACUUUGAUAGUGAGGACAGCGAGCAGGAAUUGAAGGGGUACGCCUGCCGCCACUGCUUCACCACCACCUCCAAAGACUGGCACCACGGGGGCCGGGAGAACAUCCUGCUGUGCACGGACUGCCGCAUCCACUUCAAGAAGUACGGCGAGCUCCCCCCCAUCGAGAAGCCUGUGGACCCCCCCCCAUUCAUGUUCAAACCUGUCAAAGAGGAAGACGAUGGGCUCAGUGGGAAGCAUAGCAUGAGGACGCGGCGCAGUCGUGGCUCGAUGUCUACAUUGCGCAGUGGUCGUAAGAAGCAGCCAGCCAGCCCUGAUGGUCGCGCCUCGCCCAUCAAUGAAGACAUCCGCUCCAGUGGCCGGAACUCACCCAGCGCUGCCAGCACCUCCAGCAACGACAGUAAAGCAGAGACAGUGAAGAAGUCGGCCAAGAAGGUGAAGGAGGAGGCCUCAUCCCCCCUCAAGAGCACCAAGCGCCAGCGGGAGAAGGUGGCCUCAGAUGCAGAGGAGGCGGACAGGACCACCUCCAAGAAGACGAAAACCCAGGAAAUCAGCCGGCCCAACUCACCAUCCGAAGGCGAGGGAGAGAGUUCGGACAGCCGCAGUGUCAACGAUGAGGGCAGCAGUGACCCCAAAGACAUCGACCAGGACAAUCGCAGCACGUCCCCCAGCAUCCCCAGCCCCCAGGACAACGAGAGCGACUCGGACUCCUCGGCCCAGCAGCAGGUGCUGCAGGCCCAGCCCCCGGCCCUGCAGACACCCGGUGCGGCCGCCGCUCCCGGAGCCCCCCAGCUCCCCACCCCAGGACCCGUGCCCUCUGCCACCGCGGGUCCUCCACAGGGCUCCCCCUCCACCUCCCAGCCCCCCAGCCAGCCGCAGGCUCCCGCAGCUCCUGCGCCCCAUGCUCAUAUCCAGCAGACGCCCACCCUGCACCCACCAAGGCUGCCCUCGCCACACCCCCCACUGCAGCCCCUACCCGCGCCGGCUGGCCAGCCCCCGCUGCACAGUCAGGGUCCAGGUGGACCCCACAGCCUCCAGGCGGGGCCCCUGCUGCAGCACCCAGGUCCCCCUCAGCCCUUUGGCCUCCCUCCCCAGGCCCCUCAGGCGUCCGCCCUCCCUCAUGUGUCCCUGCAGCCCCCGGCCUCGCAGGCUGCGCUGCAGCCCCAGCAGCCUCCUCGGGAGCAGCCCCUGCCGCCGGCCCCUUUGGCCAUGCCCCACAUCAAGCCCCCGCCCACCACGCCCAUCCCCCAGCUGCCGGCCCCACAAGCCCACAAGCACCCUCCGCACCUCUCAGGGCCCUCGCCCUUCUCCAUGAAUGCCAACCUCCCGCCCCCUCCAGCGCUGAAGCCCCUGAGCUCACUGUCCACACACCACCCUCCCUCGGCCCACCCGCCUCCCCUGCAGCUCAUGCCUCAGAGCCAGCCGCUGCCCUCCUCCCCUGCCCAGCCCCCCGUGCUAACCCAGAGCCAGAGCCUGCCCCCUGCUGCUGCCGCUCACCCCCCGGCGGGCCUCCACCAGGUGCCCCCCCAACCCCCCUUUGCCCAGCACCCCUUUGUCCCUGGGGGACCCCCUCCCAUCACUCCUCCGACCUGCUCCUCCACCGCUACCCCUCCUGCGGGACCUGGCCCCUCGGCGCAGCCGCCCUGCUCUGCCGCUGUUUCCUCGGGAGGCAACGUAGCUGGGGGCACAGCCUGCCCGCUCCCCACUGUCCAGAUCAAGGAAGAGGCUCUGGAUGAUGCCGAGGAACCCGAGAGCCCACCACCCCCGCCCAGGAGCCCGUCCCCCGAGCCCACUGUGGUGGACACCCCCAGCCACGCCAGCCAGUCAGCCAGGUUCUACAAACACCUGGACCGCGGGUACAACUCGUGUGCGCGAACAGACCUGUAUUUCAUGCCUCUGGCGGGAUCCAAACUGGCCAAGAAGAGGGAGGAGGCCAUUGAGAAGGCCAAGCGGGAGGCUGAGCAGAAAGCUCGAGAGGAACGAGAGCGUGAGAAAGAGAAGGAGAAGGAGCGAGAACGCGAGCGGGAGCGGGAGCGGGAGGCGGAGCGAGCAGCCCAGAAGGCAUCCAGCUCAGCCCACGAGGGCCGCCUCAGCGACCCCCAGCUCAGUGGUCCCGGCCACAUGCGGCCAUCCUUCGAGCCGCCACCAACCACCAUUGCAGCGGUGCCCCCGUACAUCGGGCCCGACACUCCUGCUCUUCGGACUCUGAGCGAGUACGCUCGGCCCCACGUCAUGUCACCCACCAACCGCAACCACCCCUUCUACAUGCCCCUCAACCCUACUGACCCCCUGCUGGCCUACCACAUGCCUGGCCUCUACAACGUGGACCCCACCAUCCGCGAGCGGGAGCUCCGGGAGCGUGAGAUCCGGGAGCGCGAGAUCCGGGAGCGGGAGCUGCGGGAGAGGAUGAAGCCGGGCUUCGAGGUGAAGCCCCCGGAGCUGGACCCCCUGCACCCCGCCACCAACCCCAUGGAGCACUUUGCCCGCCACAGCGCCCUCACCAUCCCCCCCACCGCAGGCCCCCACCCUUUUGCUUCUUUCCACCCUGGCCUGAACCCCCUGGAGAGGGAGAGACUGGCCCUGGCGGGCCCCCAGCUGCGGCCUGAGAUGAGCUACCCCGAUAGACUGGCGGCCGAGCGCAUCCACGCUGAGCGCAUGGCGUCGCUGACCAGCGACCCCCUGGCCCGCCUGCAGAUGUUCAACGUGACUCCGCACCACCACCAGCACUCCCACAUCCACUCGCACCUCCACCUCCACCAGCAGGACCCCCUCCACCAAGGUUCAGCAGGCCCAGUGCACCCGCUGGUUGACCCCCUGACGGCUGGCCCUCACCUGGCUCGCUUUCCGUACCCCCCUGGCACCCUCCCCAACCCUCUGCUUGGACAGCCCCCCCAUGAGCACGAGAUGCUUCGUCAUCCAGUUUUUGGUACCCCCUACCCGCGAGACCUGCCCGGGGCCAUCCCACCCCCCAUGUCUGCGGCCCACCAGCUGCAGGCCAUGCAUGCCCAGUCAGCAGAGCUGCAGAGACUGGCCAUGGAGCAGCAGUGGCUGCACGGACACCCCCACAUGCAUGGUGGGCACCUACCAAGUCAGGAAGAUUAUUACAGUCGACUGAAGAAAGAAGGUGACAAGCAGUUAUAAGUUAUUUAUUUGUUAACGCUGGCUGUGGAAACCCCAAUUCUUGGGGGGGAGAAACAGGACUUUUUACAUACAAUACGAGCUACAGAAGCAAAAAGAAUAUCUUCUAAAGAUUUCUUUAUAUAUUUAAAAACCCCACAACUAAAAAUGUUAUCAGCAUAAUAGUGUGUGUUUGUAGAGAGGAUUCCUUGAGACUGGCUGGGGUCUCCCUGCAUGACAGUCCCCAGAAACUUAGUGAGUCCUGGACCGGACCGGCCGUUCAGAAACUUUCCCUGCGAUCUGGGGGUUUGGCUCUAGUUUUCUUUUCCUUCCUUGCUUUCUUGGUAGGUGCUAGAAUCCAGUUCACACCCUUCACUGUGCGUGCAGACACACUCGGUCACGUGUGUUCCAGAACCCACGAGGUCUGCGGAUAGGUGGCAUAGGGGUUUGGAAUCCAAGAGCUAUAAUUUUUAAAAAAAACUUUUAUUUUAAUACAUUGUAGGAAAUCUUCAUAAUUUGAGAAAGUUCUGCAGCAUGGCUUUUUACGUCUGUAAAUAAAUAAUUUUAGAGCGGCAUUUUUUUCCUUCCACAAACUAUUCUGAUCUAUUUUUUCCAGCCAUGUCACUAAUUGUGAAUUCCUACCAGCUAUUGACAGAAUACAGAGUUGAUUUUUUAAUAAAAAGUUCUAUAUAAUUAUCCCUUUAAUUAAAGGGAGCAGAUGGGCGUUACUAAUUACAAACGGGCAGGAGCUGGGGACGAGGCUUGGUUGCAGCAGUGAGCAUCCAGGGGUUUGCAGGGACGAGGUUACAAACUGUUUCUUUGUUUUGCUGCCUUGAUUUUCACUUCCAUCUGUUCCUAGCUUGUGCUUUGCCAGAGGUGUGGAUAUUUGUUAGAUCGAACCUAUUUUAUUUUGUGCCAGGAGCGCCGGAGUGAAGUGCCCACCGCGUUCUGUCUCCGCAGGAUAGAAAGCACAUGUUUCUGUGUGUCUGACUGUCAGUUUCCUUAUACAUUUCUAUGCACACACGUUUGGUUAUUCUGGAUGAACUCUCCUUUUUAAAUACUCGACAGUUUCACAAACAUUCUAGAAAAUUCAAGAAGUAGACGAUUCCCUACGAGUAGCACAUGCUUGCCAAAGGAAUCUGUUUAGAAACUUCCCCUGUUGCGUGUGUCUUGGCCAGCAUCGUCCUGCACGGAGGCCAGGCCACCCCUGCCGCACGACUCGAGGCCACUUUUGAGUGAGGCGGGCCCUGGAGUUGGCACAGUCGUGGCCGUGACCCACGUUAGGUGGGGGACACCGUUUGAGUCCCACUCUUGCUCUUGUUUCUGGUAGGAGGGGUCAGGGACACACUGGGGGUGUCUGCACCUGUUGAUGAACUUCUCUGUCGGGAUGUGACCUUUCCCCGUCCCGCUCCCCUCAGACUGGGGGUCGCAUCCAGGAGCUGUGGGAGGAUGAGAGCACGGGGGGGUCGGUGCAUGUGCGGUGUGUCUAGGGCCGCAGCCAAGUCGGGGGUCAGAAGAGAGGUGCAGCUUUGACCCAGAAGCCGGCAGGUGUGAGCUCAGAUUCAGGUUCCGGAUUCGAGCCUGUGUCAGGGCCAUUUCCAGUUUCUGUUAAAACUAUGUUUGGUUUCAGUUGGGACAGAGGAUCGUUUCGUCUUUUGGAAAUGUUUGUAGUUUUCUCCUUUGAUCUUUCUCUCAUUCCAUUUCUGCCUUAACUUUAGCUCCUUAGAGGGGAGGUGAGCUCAGAUAAACCCAGACUUGGGGCUGCACGGGCACGAGGCACCUGUUUCCUCUGGGGGCAGCCGGCUCUCCUGCGACCCCUGCCCCGAUGCCCGCACCUUCUCUGCUGUCUUUGAUUUCCUUUUGGCCGGACACAGCACCUGCCAUUCAGCUGAACCUUUACCGCCUCUCUGUGUCCUCCGUUUUUCCAAAGAGGAGACGAGCGAAGUACUUGGAAGUCUCUACUUGAAAACUGUCUGCAGGUGUUUUCUUGUUCGGUUUUGGUUUUCCCCCCACAUCCCAGGGUGGAGCACUGAGAUUCUUCCAUGUAAAAACCUACACCCCGCCCCCCGCACCCGGUCAGCCACACUUGGUUCAGGAGGCCCCAGACCUUCACCGUGUCUUUGAAGCCCGACCCCUUGGUUUCCGUUUGGAUUUUCCUUCCUUUUGUUUGAAGUUUGGUUUUGCUUUUCUGUGUUUUGUAUGGAUCUUGUUGAAUGUUGUCGAGAUUGAGCUUCGUUUCACUGCAGCAGCAGAGUGUACAUUCUGAUUUGCUACGUUUAUAUAUAUCUUGAAGCUAAAUGUAUAUAUAGUAGUUUGCCAUGAGAUAACACAGUGUAAACCGAGUAGACACCCAGAAAUCGUGACUUCUGUGUUCUCUCCAUUUUGAGUAUUUUGUAAUUUUUUUGAAAUAUUUGUGGACAUAAAUAAAACCAAGCUACACUACAACAGCUCGGA